CGACGUCACAUGGGUGCGUGCGCACGUUCUCUGGCCAUCGGGCGCUACGGUUUUGCUUGUGAUUCUAUCAGGCUGGGGGAAGGGAAGGCGACUUUCGUCGCCUCACUCAACAACUGCACGGUAACUGACAAGGAUGAUGAAUCGAAAAGGAAAACCGUGAAAUACUGUGAAAUUUCAACCAGUUUCCAUAAUGGAGAACCAGCCAAUAGUGUUAGGGAACCAGGAUGGAGGGGCAGCAACAGGCACAACACCUGCUUUUUAUGUCCUUGUGAAACAGCCACAGACCAAUGGAAAAGCCGAGCAAGGAAACUUAGUUUCAAAUCGAGACACUUGUGGUAUCGCUAGCAAUGGAGCAGUACCGGUAAAAUCUAAAGUGAAGACUUGUCUUCCUGCAGAUUGCACCUCUGGAGGCAUUACUGUCACCCUGGACAACAAUACCAUGUGGAAUGAAUUCUACCAUCGUAAUACAGAAAUGAUUCUUACUAAGCAAGGAAGAAGGAUGUUUCCAUACUGUCGAUACUGGAUCACGGGCUUGGAAUCUAACCUGAAGUAUAUCUUGGUCAUGGAUAUUUCUCCCGUUGACAACUUCCGCUAUAAAUGGAAUGGGCAUAGUUGGGAGCCCAGUGGAAAAGCAGAACCUCAUGUUUUGGGGCGGGUAUUUAUUCACCCUGAGUCACCUUCUACAGGUCAUUACUGGAUGCACCAGCCGGUAUCUUUCUACAAACUCAAACUUACUAACAAUACCUUGGACCAGGAAGGGCACAUCAUUCUUCAUUCUAUGCACCGCUAUCUACCUCGACUACACCUGGUGCCUGCUGACAAAGCCACAGAAGUUAUCCAGCUGAACGGUCCCGAUGUCCACACCUUCACCUUCCCACAAACAGAGUUCUUUGCUGUGACAGCCUAUCAAAACAUCCAAAUUACACAACUAAAAAUAGACUAUAAUCCAUUUGCAAAAGGGUUCAGGGAUGACGGACUGAGCACUAGGCCCCAACGUGAAGUUAAACAAAAUGGUAGCUCAGAGCAUGAAGGAGGUAGCGUUGCAAGUUCUCCAAGCAAUUACAGGCAUUCCACUGAAGCUGAUAGUUUGUAUCCAGAGCAGAAGAGCCUCGAGCCAUUCCCCAGUGUAAUAUGUAACACAGAUUUGGAGAAAGAAUUAUUCAGUCCAGAUCAAGACUUCAUGAGCUUUAUGGAGAGAAAUGAACAUAUUUCUGAUAGGUCAGCAUUGAAGCAGGAAGCCUUGGAAAGCCCAAUAACUAGCCCUUGUCAAAACAGAUCUCAUGCAUCAUCCCCAUUGAACUCAAAUGGAGGCAUCAAUAUUGUUGUUAAAGAAGAACCAGUGGAUGAAUAUGAUUAUGGGCCAAGUGCAUGUAUGGAAAGGGUAAAUGUGAAGCAAGAAGAAGGAGAUGAAGCACCAGAAGAAUAUUCCAUUAAUGAUGAUUUAGGAAACAAACAGCUGAAGAAAAACAAUGAAAUGGGCAGAAAGGAAGUGGAAAUUGAAUCCAGCAGCACAGCACAGAAUAGCCCGUUGGGUGUUGCAAAAGCAAAAAUGUUAAAAUUUGAUAGUGGGAAGAUGCCUGUAGUCUAUUUAGAGCCAUGCACAGUCACUGGGAAUACAGUAAAAGUCUCUGCUCUUUCACAGACUGUGUUGUCACCUUCCGAAAGUGAGAACUCGCCCCUCAGUUAUUCAGUGGAUUGUUUUGAAAAUGAUCUUUCUGGCCCAUUUACAGCCACGAAAAGUGAGGAAAUGGCAAUUGAACACAUUUCUGAAGAUAAUGUUCCACAUGGGUGUUCUUCAGCAAGAGAUAUGCUCUGGGAAACUGAAGCAUAUAGCGAUCUCACUGAAACAAAGACAGCAUCUGCCUACAGCAUCAAGACAGCUCCAUGCAGCGGGUUGUCUUCUGCAAAAGAUAACUCGGGGAAAAAGAAAACCAGCGUAUUUAAGACUCCUCUGUCCCGCAAGGGGAUUGUUGGUAACCCAAAAGUUGUGGUACCAGGCAUGCGUAAAAGAGGAAGACCACGGAAAAUGAAGUUGUCAGAAGCUGGACAAGUACUGCCAUUUACUGAAGUGUCAAUUUCAGCUAGCUCUUAUGCCUUGUCAGGGCCUUGCAGUACCCAUUUAAAUGUUAAGCCUGAUCUUGAGGAUGUGGAUGGAGUGCUGUUUGUUUCCUUUGCCUCCAAGGAUGCUCUUAAUAUCCAUACUGUUGAUGGAGUUGAAGAGAGAGAAGACCUUCAGAGUAUACAGACUCCGUCACUGUCUCCACAUGAUACGUGCAGUGAUCCAGAUGGUCACAGGAUACAGCAACUAGAAAAAGAACUUUUGGAAGAUCUGAAGUCUUUUAAGUAUAAGCAAGUGAUACAUCCUAGUCUUCAGGAAGUGGGAUUAAAGUUGAAUUUUGUGGACCCAACAAUGAGCAUUGAUUUGAAAUACUUAGGGGUGCAGCUGCCACUAAGUUAUUCAAAUGACUAUGCUUUGUGGAAAACCCUGGGGACCAAUUCCUGCUCUUCUGAUGCUGGACUUCCCUUUGUUUCUAGAACUGGGAAGACAAAUGAUUUCACAAAGAUCAAAGGAUGGAGAGGGAAAUUACAUAAUUCUUCAAAAAAUGAAGGUAGCAUUUUAGAAGGUUCCCUGAAGAACCGAUCUGCCUUCUGCAGUGAUAAGCUUGAUGAAUACUUGGAAAAUGAAGGGAAGCUGAUGGAAACGAAUGUGGGAUUCUCUCCUAACACAUCCAGUGGUCCUGUGGUUUACCAGCUUCCAACUAAAAGCACCAGCUAUGUACGAACACUGGAUAGUGUUCUAAAGAAGCAGUCCACCAUUACUCCACCUGGCCCUGAUACUUUCAAGCCUCUUUCUGUGCCUUCUGUCUCUAGAAAGAAGAGAAAGAAAAUUAAGAGUAAAAAACAAGCAUUCUCUAGAGGCAAAGGAAAGCCUGCAGAGCCUUUAACUGUUGUAACAAAGCAGAAACACAACUUAUCAGUCUCAGAAGAGAAAGUCAGUAAAUCUCAGCCAAAUAGUCACACAGCUGAGGUGGAUGCUCUCAUAGAGCUGAGCACAGAUGAAACAGGGCAAGGAAAACAAAUUCCUGUGCGGCAGGCACAGGCACAGAAUCAGAAUAGUCGCCCACCAAGUUUAUCUAAGACACAAUUGAAGUUGAUGGACUUGGAGGAAUGUGCAUUGUGGGAUGGGAAGCCACGAACCUAUAUUACUGAAGAACGAGCAGACUUGUCUCUCACAACUCUCCUCACAGCUCAGGCAUCGCUCAAAAACAAACCUAUCCGCAAAAUCAUCAAGAAGCGAGCGCCACCAUGCAACAAUGAUUUUUGCCGGCUUGGGUGUAUCUGUUCCAGUCUAGCUCUUGAGAAACACCAGUCUACACACUGCCGGAAGCCAGAUUGCAUGUUUGGAUGCAUAUGUUUAAAGAGAAGAGUGGUCCUAGUGAAAGGAGGUUCCAAGCAUAAGAAGAUCCCAGAGAAGUCUGUGCCUGGAAAGCAUUGGUUGUAUUGUGGAAAAGAACAAGAGCAGUGGGAGGAGGAGUCAGACAAAGAAGAGCAAGAAAAACUGAAAGAUAAGAAGAGAAAAAAGAAGAUGGAAUAUACAGUCUGUGACACAGAGCCAGAAGCACCUCUUAGGAACUUUCCGUUGUGGGUAAAAGUUGAUGGAGAGCUUGAUCCGGAACCAGUUUACAUCCCAACACCAUCAACUGUUGAGCCAGCAAAAUUGGCGAUACCACCUAGUAUAGAUGUCUUACCAACUGAGAAGCCUGUGCCCAGCGGAACUAAGCCUGCACCUAGUGCAGUCAAGACACGAGUGUAUACACCCAGACCUAAUCCAGUGAUUCGAGAGGAGGAUAAGGACCCUGUGUACUUAUAUUUUGAAAGUAUGAUGACCUGUGCCCGUGUUCGAAUAUAUGAACCCAAGAUACAGGAGAAAAAGCAACAGUGCCUUCAGAAUUCUGAAAAACACAUUGAAAAGGAGCAUUCUGAGGUUCAACCCCUUAAAGAGGAAAAUGGUAAAGAGUCUGGAGAUAAAAGUUGGUGGUUUUCCUGUAGUGCAGGAGAUCCAUCCACUUCCUAUGUACAUCACACCACACCAAAUGGAACAACCAAACUAAUUGAGAUUGUUUCCAGUUGCAACUGGGACGAGGAUCGCAAUGAGAUUUUGAAUAUCCUAUCACAGCACAUCAAGAACAAGAUGCCGAAGUUCCUCAAAGUAGGAAACUUUGCUAUUGAUCUAGAAUCUGAAACCAAAACCUGGGAUGAGAAGAACAUUCCCAUCUAUUCUUCCCGAGUGAAAAUCUCUAUGCCUUCUUGCCAAAGCCAGGAUGAAAAGGUUCAUGUGUCUGUUUUGGAGGCAUCUAAUACAUUGUCACCAUGCAAAAAAACAGAAGAAGAAACAUUCUUAACCCCUGGCUCCUUGAGCAGAUUACGAGAACAAAGGAAGAAGGGUUUGCCUUUUUACAUGAAGCUUUUCCCUGCAGGAAAACUGGCUGCCUAUCCACGCAAAUCCAAUUUGAAUCCUUCGUGCCUGAUUCAGGUUAAUGGUAAAAAUUAUCCUCAGGCCAAACUGCUUUUGGGACAGAUGGGAGCAUUGCAUCCAGCCAAUCGACUUGCUGCUUAUAUUACAGGAAGGUUGCAACCCACAAUACUUGACCCCUCAACUGUCAGUGCUGUGGUCUCCAAGGUGACAUCUAAUCCUAAUGGUGCUGGUUCUGAGUCACAAUCAGUUGGAGUAUCUACAUCAAAUACUGCCAAAACACAAAUUUUCACCAGCAGUACAAGUUCUUCUGUAGCACGCCAAUAUGUUCGUGCCCCAGCACAGAGGCACAUAGCUGCUCGGCCAUCAGUGGAUAGUUUGCCCUCUCAACUGGUAAUUAAUGCAGUUGGAGCUCUGCAACAGAAGAUCCCUGGAUUUAAAACACUCCAACCUCUGACAGGACCACAGAAAUGUAACCUUAAAUCUGUUCCACUAUCUCCGAGGACAAGUGUUGUUACUACAGAUUCUACUAGUGUUACAGUGACAUCACAUACUGUAACUGCUCCUAGUCAUUCAGAAUAUAAGGAAGCUCCCUGCUCUUCUGGCACUGCUUUAACAAAUACUGGUGGAAAAUCUGAAAAUAGCUCCCAUUCCACUGCCUCACCUACAACUACUAUGGCUACUGUUACAAUAACAAAAUCUACUGCAAUAGCUGCACCAGUUGCAACCAUUGCUUUUGCUAAGUCUGUAGCAGCUACAUCGACUGUUCCAGUUUCUGCAGUACCUCUGUCCUCUGUCUUAACAACUACAUCACCUGCCACAGUGACUACACCAGUUUCAUCAAUUGACUGUGUUCAUACCAUACCAUCAGAAAUUCAGACAAGUCCCUCAUCAAACCAAAAACCAGAUGCUGCAACUUUAUCUCCAGUUAUAAGCCCUCCAAGAUCAUCUCCUGGUGCAGAGAAACGUAUGGGACCACGACUGCUUUUAAUUCCCGUACAUCAAGGGUCUCCUGCAGUGCGACCUUCACAAAACACACAGCUUGCUCAAGGGAAAAAAAUGAUUUUGCAACCUUUAAGGAACCCUGGUGGUGUGAAUCUCUACCGACAUCCUAAUGGGCAGAUUAUCCAGCUGGUUCCUUUGCAUCAGUUCCAACCUGCAGGACCACAGCCCAACCUGUCCCCUGUAAUGUUCCGUAAUUCAGGAUCUGUUGUAGGAAUCCGGUUGCCCGGGCCUUCUCAACUUCCAGAUAUAUCUGUGUGUCAGCCCACUUCCAUUUCAUCUGUGACUCUGACUACCACAGCUACUUCAGUUUUGUCCAUGAACCCUUGUGCUUCCUUGGCACCUCUGUCCACAGAGACCACCUCAGUGUCAUCUGUUACCCCAGCCACCAUACCCACUCCUGGUUUGUCCUCACCACCUUCCUCUUUGUCCUCAUCCCCUACUUCUGAGGCCACUUCAGUUUUGUCUGUGCUCCCUGCUUCUGAGACUUCUUCAGUGCUACCCACAUCCUCUAGUACUGAGGCUGCUUCCAUGUUGGUAGUGCCCCCCACCAUUGUGGAUCCCUUGAUGUGGCCUAUACCCUCUUCUAUUGAGGCCACUUCUACUUUGUUGCCAUCCCCCGCUGUAAGCCAGACAUUGCAGACUCCCAAAUCUGUGUCUGUUGCAUCUGCUCAAGCAGCACCCAUUAUUCCUCCAGUAUUAGUUCCUCUAUCACAAGCUGGCACUCUGACUCUGAGAAUUUCUCCUUCAGGACUAAAAAGCACUGCAUCUGAGGCAGGUGCAGAUUCAAAAAUUGUUGGCCAACUAAAUAGUUCAUCUAGUCUAAUUCCUCUUCAGACUGGCAGUUUUGCAUUGCUUCAGUUUCCAGGGCAAAAAAGUGCCUCAGAUUCCAUUGUAAAACAAGUUGGAUCUCUUGAGGUAAAAAAUACCACUGAGAGAGAUGAGAUCCAGUCUGUUCAUACAGAAGAAAAGACAUCAUAUACUCAAGAGGUGGAGGCUGUGGAGUCAGAUAUAACAUUGUCAAAUAUCAAGCUAGAAGAAAAUAUCUUGCCCUCAGAAAGAACAGAUUCUCAUUCUGCUGGGAUUGUAUGUGACAAAAAUGCUGUUACUCCAGAAAUGAUUGAAAGGGAUGCAGACAUGGAAAAAAUUUCAAGCAAGGUUUCUGGCUCCCAGCCGGAAGCUGUAUCAUCAGACGACUCCUACCUUGGUGAGAAAUUAAAAUGUGAUGAAAUCAAGUUGAAGGUUAAGAAGAAACAAAAUGCCAAAUGUGCUGAAAAUACCCAUGAUGAGGUACCAUAUAGUUCAGAAAAUGUCUCUGAGGGGCGCAGAGUUCUUUCACACAUUUCAUCACAAGGGCCUACGGACACUACAAACUUAGAAAGCUCAAAUGAGGAGCAAACGCAGUCUGUCCAAACACAACGCUUUGCUGCUAAUUCAGGAGGAGCUGAGCAGACACUGUUGGAAAUGGAAGAGAUGUUGGUGGUUGUACAGAAACCAAGGGGGAAGCACAAAGUACACAUGGAUUCUAGAGAGAAGCUGGAGAAAAAGACUAAAUCACCUUUGAGUCCAUGUGAAAACCAAGAGCUGGAACUGCUAGGGAGGAAUAGGAAGCCAAAUGGUGAUUCUGUUAUUAUAGUAGAGAUGAGCAAAGAGAAAGGGAAACCCAAAGUCAGCAGUGCCAAACCUCAAAAUAAUACAUCAAGAAAAAAAAAUAUGGAUAGUUUCCAAGAGUCUUUACCUGAAAGAGAUUUAGAUUUUCAGGUGAGACAUAACACAUCUCAUGCAACUGUCACUACCGGUUUUCAGGAAGAUGAUCAGACUGUUAAAAAGAGCCUUUCUCAAGUCAGCAGUCCUUGCAGCAAAACAUCUGCACGGUCAGACACUUUGGAAAAUGAUGAUAUAGGUGCUGAUGAGCAGGCUGAAAAAUUGCUUAGAUGCACAAAACAGAAUAAUGUGAGAACGAACUACUGCAGAAAGGGUUAUGCAGAUAUUAUUGAUAUUACCCUGGAUGAUACAGAGAAAGAUGAAAAGACUGAUGAUUCUGCGGAUGAGACAGUUGAUGAAGUGUCUGGUUAUCGAAGUGAAGAUAUAGUGAAUGUUGAAACACUGAAUGAAAGUGAAUCCAGUGGAUGCGAAGAGAAUGUGGACAUCGAGACCGUGGAAGAACUUUCAGAGAAAAUUAAUAUUGCUCGCCUAAAAGCUUCUGCUACACAUGCCAUACUGUCGAAGCAACUGCAUAUUGUUCGUGACCAUUCAAACAAGGCAGUGACAAAGACUCCUAAGCAACCUGAGCUCUCAAACAAAAAGGCAAAAAAUGAAGAGGAAGCCUUUGCUAACUAUCGCCAAACACACACAGCAAAUGAGCGUCGCCGUCGAAAAGAAAUGAGGGGACUUUUUGAAAAGCUGGAGGCAACUUUGGGAUUGCACAUGGUCCCCAAAGUUUCCAAGUGCUUCAUCCUGAAACAAGCUUUUGAAGAGAUCCAGGGCCUGACAGAUCAGGCAGAUAAACUGACCGGGCAAAAGAACUUGCUCAUCCGGAAACAGGAAACCCUGAUUCGUAAAGUCUCUUCACUCUCAGGCAAAACACAGGAGGUGGUCUUGAAGAAGCUAGAAUAUAUUUAUGCCAAACAGAAAGCAGUAGAGGCACAAAAGAAGCAGCGGCAGGAAGCAGAACCUGCCAAGACUUCUGAAUCCAAAGAGAUAGUUCCAUCUUCUGCAGAAGCGAAUCCCUCUCCUCUUUUCAGAGAGUUGGAAGAAGCCACUGUGUCCAGCAAGCGUACAAAACCAUUGAUACUUGCUAGAAAAAGAAACCAGAUCCCAGGGGAGACAUCUCCUGUGACACUAACAAAUGCUAGCUUAGUAAUGACUGCUCAAGGUCAGGUCCUUACAUUCAAGAAUCCCCUGAUGCCAGGACAGAUUGCUGCUGUGCCUUCCACACUCCUGCAAGCUGAGCUCAAAUCAGAAGUUGACAGUAGCAGUGGGAAAAUGCAACCCGGUAUUGCUUCUGUGGUGAUUCAGUUGCCGGGAUCAACAGUACCAGUGCAAGUUAAAGGCAUCCUCCCCGACUCUACUGUUCCUAUUACUUUAUCUGCUGUGGCAAGUAACCCUUCCUCUCCAGUUGUAGAGACAACUUCAGAACUCACUCCAGAAAAUGAAGAUUCAUUCUUGAUGCCAAGGAUAGUAAAUGUGACAUCAUUAGCUGCUGAUGAAGAUAACAAUUUAAAUCUGGAUGUAAAUGAGAACCCACAUAUAACCACAGAUGUUGAUUCCCAGACAUCUGAGCCAGUAGCAUCUCAGGAAACAAAUAUUCAGUCUGUAGAAAAAGCUGAAGCUUCUUAUGGAAACAAAAGAGAGAUUACUGAAACAACAGAUCAGUUCCUUAAGAAAAAAGAAGUUGUUUUUCCACAAAUAGUGAAUGUCUCCAGUUUAAAAGAAUCUCCAGGAACCUUUGCAACAAAACUCUGCAUUGAACAAUUAGCUCGAAGCCAAUCAAGAGAAAAAAAGACUGACAGGGGAGGAGCCAGACAGCAGUCAAAAGAUUCUUUAUUCCAAGGACUGCAGGUUGAGGAACCCAAAGCCCUUGGUAUAGAAAUGGAAUUACAAAAAGUAGCUUCUGCAAUACAGGAAGCAGCAUCAGAUGCAAGUGACUUAAUGGACAUGGAAGAGAAUGAUGACACAGAUGAAACUCUUACCUCGCUUCUGAAUGAAAUUGCAUUUCUUAACCAACAGCUGAAUGAUGAUGCUUCAGAUGUGUCAGAACUCCCCAACUCUCUAAGCUCCUGCUUCUCUCCAGGAGACAUGGAGAGUCAUAGGGAAUCAGCUACUGUCGAUGGAUCUCCAUUUCAGUUUGGCCCAUUGAGUGGGAGCUUCAAGGACUUCUCCGUAGCUCGAGAGAGUAGCAAUUCUAUAACUCCUCUCCUCCUUCACUUAGAUGAUGAUGAAUUGCCUAAUGGUAACAGAAACUCAAGAGACCUUUCAUCUGAAUCAGGUGCUUUGAAAAUCAUGCUAAACUCUGAAGCAAAGCACCCAGAUCCUAGUCUGUCAGCCGUAAGUGUUGGUGGAAGUGGAAAAUGUAUUGAACCUCUGUCAAAGGCCACAGGUGUGUCACCUCCAGUUCUACAAAUGAAAACUAACUUAGAAUCUGGCAGUACUGAUGCAUCAUGGAGACCCAUGCCCAAACUGGCACCACUUGGGUUAAAAGCUGCAAACAUUUCAUUAGAGUCAGAAGGACAGAAUGCCAGGGUGAUGCCUGUAUUGGCACCUGUUGCUGCAAAAACUUCAUCUACUGACAUAAAAACUUCACAGCCAGUGACUAGUCCAAGUCAGGACAAUAAAGCAAUGCCUGCAUUAGCACCCGUGGUUACAAAAUCAAAAUAGUAAUGCAACUUUACAUUCAGACAGUGUUCACAAGUAAUUUGUUUACUUCUCAGAAAUGUUCAAAGAUAACUUGGACAUUUAACAUGCUUCUGAUAUCUUGGGCAUUUGACAUGCUUCUCUCUACGUAGUUCUUCAGGCUAGAUAUUUCAGGUUUGGAGAACCCAAACAACAACGAAUUAGGAGUACAAGCCCUGCCAAAUAAGAAAAUUAUGAAGCUGCCCAAUUUUCUGGGUAUUUUUAGAGCCUUUGUGAAAUAGGAUGAUUUAAUGAAGAAUAUUAGAUAUUUUUAAUGCAUUUUCCUGGUUAAACAAUGUAGAGCUGCCCCCCAAAAAUCACUAAGCUGAGUCAUUUUCUUGUCCAUUUCCAGAAUGAUUCUUUAAAAGGCAUGAAAGGAGACACAACAUGCAGUUUUCUGUUCUCUUUUCAAAAACGCUUAGAGUUUCAAAAGAACACUUCAGGGCUGUAAAUGGAUUGUAUAUUAAUGUCUUGUGUGAUGAAUUGAGGAGUCCUAUUAGAAGAAGCAAAAAUUCAUUAUAAAGAAACUGAAGACAGUUGAACCACAUAAUGUUCACUCUUUUAACUGAAUAGUUGGAAACUUCACUUUUAAAUCAAUUACUGUGAAGUGAUUUCACUGAUAUUUUUGUACACAGCUUUUUUGUAUGUAUGUAAAAUAAUGAAUAUUUCUACCUAGGAACACUGUUGCUGGUUUCCUACAAUGAUUGUAAAUAGCAAUUUUUGAGAACCCAUGAAGCAUCAAGGUGCUCUAAGUUAAUCACUGUUAUGGAAAUUGUAUGAAAUCUGAAAAAUGCUGCAUUUUUUCUUAAUUAUAUUAAGGAAUGUAGAUCACUGUUUUUGCUUAUGCAAGCAGCAAGCGUAAGGCUUUCCCAUUCAUUGUUGUGAUUUCUUCACAAAGAUGGGUUCAUCUCCCAUUACUGUAAUUGAUUUAGAUUGUGAGAAGCUGUCUUCUGCAUGAGUGUGGAAAAGUAGAUCCGUUCUACUUGCUUGUUUUAGUGAAGCUUCAUUCAGCAUCCAUUAAGCCACUGCUUCUUUCUACUCAUAUGUUGGUUUAUAACAGUGGAUAGACAUAGAUUUAAACCUCCUUUGCUUUGUAAUUUUACAAAGUAAAGGAACAUUUUACAGAGAAUUUGUGGUUACCUGAAGAACUGAUUUGAAAUAGUAAGGUAAAGAAAACUGUUUGAUAGUUUUCAUAGUCUUCCACUGUUAGAUACACUCUUUGUGUCCUAUACUUUGUAUCUUUUUGUCAUAAAGCUCUCCUAUGCUUAAUGGUAAUCAUUCAGUGCCUUAGAAUCUAGAAAGAAACCCAGCAUCUACAUGCUUGGUUAAAAGUGAGUCCGUGCAUCUAUUUCAAUUAUCCAGUUUGGACACAAGAGUAAGCUGCAGUUACUUUCUAAAUACAGAAGAUGAGUUAUGCUAUGUAUGCUAAAGAUGGUUCAGUUUGCCAAUUUUCUUCUGCAUUCUGUAGAGCCAACACAAUGCUAAAAUCCCCACAAAAGUACCACACUAUAACAGCCUUUUCCCUUCUUUUUUGCUUCUUCCCUGAAUCCUUGUUGGUUAUAUUAUGUGCUUCAUUCUGUUUAGCUACAAAAACUGCAUACCGGUAGUAACCACCUAUAAUAAAUGAGUCUGAGAAAUUAGACAUCUUAUUUUUUGAGAAAGCACUUGGCUGUUUUAAAUAUAUUUAAAGCUGCAUUAUGAUUUAACAUUGGAUAGUGAAGCAUUAGAGGAAAACUUCUGUUUAAAUAAUUAAGUCCAGUUUUUAAGGCUUUUCAAAAUACUGAACCCUUCCUUUUAAUUAUUCUACAGUCAAGUUUCAUCCUGCAUUUGAAUGCUCACACCCUGCAUUUUUAACAAUGUAAUAAAAGUGCAUCCCAAGAUGCACAGUUUUGCUGUCCUUUAUUUCAAAAGUAAUCUUGGAAAUUCUGUAUAUUGCCUUCAGCAAAUAAUCAAGACUCUGAACUUCAAAAAUGGCAUUUUGUAAUCAAGUGAUCAACUGAACCCCUUACAAAGAGCACAUUUUCAUUUAAUCACGAUUCCUGAAUAUUUGAUUUUUAAUGUAUCUGUAAAUAGGAUGGAAUGUUUUUAAGAAUAUAAUGAAAUGUCAGUUUUGAUUUUACUAUAUAUUCUUGUCCUCAUUUUCUGUAUCUCCUGAAAAGCAAAUAUUUUUAUAGAUAUCUAACCACAAAGACUAUUUCAAUAAUAUGGGAGGGAGAGUCCAUACAAUGACAAUAAACUCUCUUCAACUAGAA